AUGUGUGGUGUCAUCCUGUACUCGAUCGGGACUUGUCCGCCCUCCGUGCGUGCACUGAGUGCCAUCACUGUAAAUCUAGAGAACCUGCAAGACAUAUCCCAGAGCCUCGAACAUUUUUGCGACGAUGUUGAGGCCAAGCUCAACCCCGAUGUCGCUGGGCCAGGGGUCAUGCUGUCUUAUCUCUUACAGACCAGCGUCGCCCUAUUCCUAUUUUUGAUACUCAAGAUUUUCAACUCCUGGAGUCGCAUAGCCUCAUGGCCUCUCAUCGCUCUUUUGAGGAAGAUAUUUGUGCCGCGACGACCAAGCGCAUGGACAAGGGCCACUAUUUUACAAAACCGACUGGCGCAGUCACGUCUAAACGCGGCGACUAUAACAUCGUUGGUGGAAUUCCAAGAAGUCCAGGCAUUCUUCGUCAUUGCAAUCCAAAUCGCUACUUUAGCCACAUCUCAGAUCGAGGGACGGUCGUCCUCCGGAUCCAACUCCUUUGCUGAGGUUCUGCUCAACGCUCAGAUGGUCCAGAUCUUGGCCGUGAACAGCAUCCUGCCAGUGAUCCUAACCCAGUGCAUUCUUCAGCGGGAAGGUAUGCUGUGGUGGUACAGCUUUGGUCUGACCUCAACAACGGUCUUGCUGGCCAAGGUCGUCCGGGCUCCCAGCAUGUCGCGCGUGGCGAGUUUUGAAACUCUAUGGCAGAACUUCAAAGAAGCGAGCCUCGUGGAAGCUUGUGGAGGUCUUCCGAAUCCGAUGACUUACUGCAACACGGACAAUUACAAUGCUAGAUAUGAGGACUGGAAAGGGACCGGAGUGGCACUAGCCUUUGUUCACAUUGCCGUUGUGUCCUUGCUCAUUGAUAUGGUUUUGGUCAUUCCGCGAGUCCGAAACUUCAUCAACUUCCAUCUUUCCACAGUCAGUCUGGCGGCAGAUAGGCACAAGCUACGCGGGCUUCUGUUUCUGGUGCUGAGAAAUCACCUCUGGCCUUGCUUCCGGGAAUUCUGGUGGUUUGGUAUCCAGACUGCCCUACUUGCUUUCGUCAUCUCAUAUUUCACAGAGGUGUUGAUCAUGGGACUCUCUAUCGACUUGAUGCAUUUCGGCAACUUCAACUACGGUCAACUUAUUUCGGUCAUGGUCUGGGUCCCAACAUUGGGAAAGUUCGUUUACUUCAGUAUUUUUGGUAUCGAGGAAGGCUUUGGCCGUCGCUUGGCAAAGAACUACCGAGUGGUUCGCGAUGUUUAUGAACGCGAGGGUUACGAAUGGGAAUACGGCAUACAGCACAGUGAUUAUGAGCAUGGAUUUGUUUCAACAAUCUCGACAUCGGAACUCAAGACAUCAGACCACAUGGUGCCAGACCUCGCUGGCCCCAAAGCUUGUUACAGGCAGAUCACCAGCCUUCCAAGACAGGCGUGA